AUGUCGUUGCCCGUUCGCCUCUCUCCGGUCGACGCUCCCAACCUGCAAAAUGGGGCAGCCUCUCCCAAAGCAGGCUGGGGGUCUGACUAUAUCGCACGCCAACUGGCGAAGCUGCAUAUCCCGUACUUCGUGAUAGUCCCCGGGUCGUCUUACCGCGGGCUCCAUGACAGCCUGGUCAAUCUCAACGGCAACGCUUCGCCUGAGAUGGUGGUCUGCCUGCAUGAGGAACACGCCAUUGCCAUUGCCCACGGCUACGCCAAGGUAACGGAGAAGCCGCUGGCAUGUGGUCUGCACGCCAACGUGGGCUUGAUGCACGCGUCCAUGGCGAUUUUUAAUGCCUUUAUCGAUCGAGUGCCCAUGGUGAUCUUGGGCGCCGGCGGCCCGUUCGACACGACGAAACGGAGACCGUGGAUCGACUCGACGCACACGGCUGUCGAUCAGGCCGCCUUGGUCAGGAACUAUACGAAGUGGGACGAUCAGCCUGCGAGUGUCAAUUCGGCCAUCCGCAGCGUCAUCAAAGCCACCGCCGUGGCAUCCGUCAAGCCCUGCGCUCCAACAUAUGUGGUUCUGGAUGUCGCUCUUCAGGAAGGGGAAUACGACGAGAAGGAGGUCCGAUAUCCCGACACUGAGAGAUACCUGACGCAGCAGUCAGCAGGUGCCAGCCCAGCUGAUGUGAAGAAAGUUGCACAAGCCUUGCAGCAGUCCAAGAAAGCUUUGAUCAUGUUUGGCAGGAUGAACAGGACGCAGAAAAGCUGGGACGAGAGGAUCAGACUCGCUGAGAUGUUUGAUGCGAAGGUUAUUACCGAUAUCAAACAACCAGUCGCCUUUCCCACCACGCACCGAUUACAUCCUGCAGCGCCUGCGCUUUUCCUAGCUCCUGAGGGCUCCAAUCUGAUCAAGGAGGCCGAUCUGAUCAUUUCCUUCGACUGGGUAGAUCUCGCCGGGUUCUUCACGCUGGCUCACGGUGAGUUGAUCGAGCCCAAAGCGAAGGUGAUCGAGAUCUCCGUCGACAGCCAGCUCCACAAUGGCUGGUCGAAGGAUCAUUUUGAGACACCCCCAGCCGACAUCAGCAUCUUCGCCGACCCGGACAAAUUCAUCACCGACCUCGUGGCCGAGCUCGAGUCUAGCAAACUCUCUGGCUUCCCGAACUCGGCGUGGCCCGCGACGCAGCCGUCAUCCUCGCAAAAGCCGGUGAAUCUCGACAGCGAAGAAAUAUUCCAAGCAGACCUCGCCUCCGCUCUCUACGCCGCCAUCAGCCCCGAAGACAUGUGCAUCAUCCGCCUGCCGCUGAGUUUCCGGGGGAUUGAUCUCCUGGCGACGCACCCACUGGCGUACCUGGGCAUGGACGGCGGAGCGGGCAUAGGGUCCGGGCCGGGUCAAGCUGUCGGUUCGGCGUUGGCGUUGAAGGGAACGAAGUACGUGCCGGUCGCAAUCCUGGGCGACGGCGACUUCCUGAUGGGCAAUUCUGCCAUCUGGACGGCAGCCCGGUACCGUGUCCCAGUGUUGAUCAUCGUCUCGAACAACGGCAGUUUCUACAACGACGAGGUGCACCAGGAACGUGUGGCGAACACACGCAGUAGGCCGGUGGAGAAUAAGUGGAUUGGCAUGCGACUGGACGAUCCACUUCCAGAUAUUGGGAAGAUUUCGGAAGGAUUCGGCCUGAAGGCACUGGGUGGCCAGAUCGCGACACGAACUGAUCUGAAGGCAAAGUUGGAGGAAGCCGUCAGAUUGGUCAGAGACGAAAAGGAGGCGGUGGUAUUGGACGUCAGAGUCAGACCUGACGAUUACCUGAAAAACUGGGGGGCGAGUAACAUUGUCAAGAAGUGA